AUGGCGGCACUGGCGCCAUCCAGCCAGCUGGUCAGUGUGGAUUUGCAGCAGGAUACGCAAGGUGAUGUGAAGGUCACAGAGGUCGAGAUACCAGCAUACAGCUUUCACGAUGUCGAACACCUCGUUGAGAACCAGAUUUCCAGGUUGCGCCAGGAGCUUCAGCUUGAAUUUGGCGAUCUCCGCUUGCGGCUCGAUGAGGCAGAGCAGCAACUUGCAGAACUUGAUGGCUUCAGUGUACAUCGCCGCUCCUCCCACGGGUCCUUGACGGAUGAGAGCCCGUCAGUUGCUCCGAACAUGACGAAUGAGAAUGAGAAGCCAUCCACCACUGAGGUGCAGGUUGUCGAGGCCCAGAAAGGCGAAGUGGAGGAGGAAGAGGUGACGGAAGUCCGGUUCGAGGAGAGCAUCUGGACGGUACCUUUGCUCUUGGGUCUUGCCGAGCUUCCCCUUGGGUUGUUUGACAGUCUCUUCGCUGCUUUGCUCGUGCUGCUCAACCUCACCAUGCAAACGUGCUUCUCGGCCAUCCUGCUGACGCGUGCCUUCAUGGGAGAUGCGUUUGAGACGAAGGUUGGUGCUGCAGAGGUCUGGCGCACCAGUGUGGCUCACGAUUUCAAGCAUUUGGACUUGGCGGACACCAGCCUGGUGUCGCGCGUUUGCAUGGGCGAUGAGGCGCUCAUCCUGUCAACAACUCAGGCAGCCCUGGUCGACCAGAUCAAUAGCUUUCUUGGCUUGGAAAAGACACAGUACGUGCAUGGGACGUUCCAGCCCGGCAUUCUGCUCUGCAUGCUUUGCAUCGUGCUGUGGACACUGUGCGUGUACAAGGAGUUCCGGUUGAUAUGGAGGCAAGCAGAAAUCGCCAUGUCCAUACCGACGUCGUCCAGUGGCAGGACGUCGAUCAAAAAGAACAAGUUCCGCAGCUUGUCCCGAGCACGGCGGUCUAUGCUCGUCCUUAUACACUUGGCAAGGGCAGGCAUUGCCUCCAUCCUCCUGGUCGCUGGAAUUCUGUGGUUGGCUCGAACGACGUCCAUCCAGGACCUCAUGCUGAAUGCUGUCGCGCUGAACGCGAUUCUGGAUGUUGAUGAGUUCCUGUUUGUCGGCAUGACGCCUGCCAAGAUUCAGGAGGCGCUUGGAAAGUUAAAGCCGACAAAGGUCUAUUACAGCAACUUCCGGAGUCAAGUGGAGUCCGGCUUGCAUUUUGGUUCUUUGGUGACAGUUGUACUCCUCUCCUACUUCUUGCUCUUGGAACCUCUGCAGCAAAUCAUGCUGACGGUGAAGACACAGAUGUGCUACGGCAAUCAGACAUUUGUGGUGUCGCAUAACACAGAUACGCAGAGGACAAUCGGUCUAGUGACUGUGAUGUCCCGAGACCUUCGAAACGAGUCCAUCAGCGAGAUUGCCGUGCGGGCUCACAAAGCCACAUCCGCGGAAACAACCCCUGAUGGUUUCUCCACCUACAUCACUUUCGCACCCGACAUGGACACAUUUUCAGAGCGGAGGUCACGCACGAUGCGAGAAGAAGCCACAGCCUAUCCCUUCUGCGUGGAGUCUCGGCUGCUGAAUAGCAGCGGCGACAUGUACGGCGAUGCCUCCAUGCAGCCUUUGGCGAUGCAGCUUGUCAACACCGCAGCAGCUACCGUCGGGCGCACAGGUGCAACAUCUUGCUUAGAGCUGAAGGAUCAGUGCAGUCGUUUGAACGCCCGCUUGCUGCGCUUGGUGUGUGGGCAAACAUGUGGAUGCACAGAUCCCUACAGCUCGCCCUGGUACAAGACGGAAACACAGGGUUGUGCAUCCACAUGCCUCCGUAUAGCACGAAGGACUCUUUCCAGAAGCAGCUGUACGGAUGUGUCCGUAACGAGCGAUGGUUGGCAGGCGUUUUGGUCGCUCUAUCCCGUGGUGGCGAGGGCAUAUUUCGGGGAGGGGGCACAGACCAACUUGGAUGCCGUUGUUGCCCAGACAGUGGAUAGGAUGCUGUCUGCUGGGUGUGAGGCACUCAUCGAAUUUCCGACAGAUGCCAUCAUGGAUGUGGAGUGGUGUGAGGGUAUGCCGGAUCUCUUCCGGCCUUUGGCCCAUCUUUGUCCACAGAGCUGUGGUUGUACUGUUUUGAUGUUUGCUUUUACAGAGGAGGUCUUCAAGCAUGGUGAAGCGUUGACGCAGCUUCUGAUGAGCCCUGCCUCUGGCUUCUUGCAAGCUUUCAGGUGUGAAGUCAGGAGCGCCUGGGCCGGACCGUGUGGAUCCAUGAAGCGGAAGACGGGUGAAGUAGCGGCAGAAUGGGAACCUGAACAGAGUACCUGGCGCGGCUGGAACGGGUCGCAAGCAGAUUGGGAGCGGGAGUACCGGAAGCGGCUAGCGCAGGCCAGGAAUGCCGGAGAGGUGUGGAGGAUCUGGCAGGAAGCCAGCCAGCACAUCACCAUGAACGCAAUCCACCUGACGACUGCCCUGAAAGGCUGCCAGGGUGAUCCCAAAAUAGCCAUGCGAAUCUUCCGGAAGGCGAUCGACGCCGGUGUAGAAGUCAACGCUGUUCACUUUGCUUGUGUUCUCAAGGUACCGGGCACCCCGACUAAGAAGCUCCUGUCUGGGAUGAAGGAGCACUCUGUGGAAGGAAACCGCUUCACCUGGAAUGCAGCCUUGACGGGCUGUGCGGCUCAGGAUGCUUGGGGCCUCUUCGGGCAGAUCGAUCGUCCCGACCGCUACGCCAUAGCCAGCUUGCUGAAGAAAUGCGCCCCAGAAGAGGUGUCCAAGGCCCUGAAGAUCGCGAAGAAGCAUGGCAUCCAGCCUGAUCGUGCGAUCCUCAACUCUGCGGCCAAUUCGUCCCCCGGCUCUUUCCUGAAGAUCUUGAAGCAGAUCCCCUUGAAACCCGACCUUCAGUUCUUCAACAUCGUCCUCAAGAGAGCCGUCGACUUCGACCUGCCGGAUGUCGCACGGAAGGCCUUCGGAGAGCUGAAAGCCCAAGGCCUGCGACCCGACUCUUUCUCGCUGAAUCGCCUCCUAGCGGUGCUACUGCGGCAGGGCCAACGCGAGGGCAGCCUGGAGGCAAGGUCUGUGCUGGAGGCCCAUCGGAAGUUGAUCGAUAAGCAUACCUGGACGAUCUUCGGGAAAUCACUCGUUGAGUCUGGCAGGGCCAAUGAAGCACUCCAGAUAUACAGACAAGAGCAGCAGACUUUUGGAAGACUGAAACCGGACGUCGCAUUCUUCAAUGUGUAUUUGGGUGCUUGUGCCAAAGCAGCCGCGGUGGACCUGGCCCAGGAGAUCUGGGGUGAUCUGUCCAGAUUCGCAAAAGCGGACCUCGUGUCGCACCACUGCAUAAUUCAGGUGUAUGUUGCCGUGGGACAGCUGGACUCGGCAGAGGAGGAGCUCGAACGAAUGGAGGCAAACGGUAUUGAAGCCACCGCCAGAACCUACAACAGCUUAAUCGAUGCUGCAAGCAAGGCCGCAGAUUUCAAGCGGGCAAGACGACUCCUCCAAGCCAUGCAGGAGAAAGAGCUUGAAGCCGACGUCUUCACCUUCAACAUCCUCAUCAACAGUGCUGCCAACAUGGGCCGGUGCAAGAAAGCGGACUCCUACUUCCGGAAGAUGCAAGAGCUGGGAAUCUCCCCGGAUGCCGUGACGGCCGUGAGCCUUAUGAAUGCCUAUUCCCACGGCGGGGAGGCCGAGAAAGCCCUGAAGUUCUACGAGAAGCUCCCGAGUUUCGGCUUGGAGCCGACGACAAGCUGCAUCAAUGCCCUCGUCGACUGUUUGAGCCGGUCCGGGCACUUCGACGCGGCCUGGGAGCGCGUGGAAGCCGCGGAGGCGAAGGGUUUGGCGGACACGGUGACCUACAUGGCCUUCUUGGGUGCCUGCCGGAACCUAAAGUCCAAGCUGCAUGCCAAGGCGGCCUUCGCCAGGUUGAAGGAGGUGGCAGACAAGCCCGCCUUGGCGAGCGCCUACGUUCUCAUGUCGGAGCUCUACGAGAGUUUGGGGAAUCACGGGAAGGCUCAGAAGCUGGAGGCGGAGCGCGUGGCCUCUGGCUUGGUGAAGCAACGAGGAGAGUCCUACCUGCACCUCGAAGAGGAGGGCGACGAGGGCGGCUUGACAGUGAGGACCUUCACCGCCGGCCCCGUUGCGGCUUCCGAGGCUACGGACGGCGCGGAGGGCGCGGAGGUGGAUUCCGAGCUUUGCAAGGCUUUGGCGUCUUUCACGAGGCAGCUGCGCGCUGCGGGGCACGAGCCGGAUUUGUCCUCAGCCUCGGCCCGGCACGAGAGCGCUAAAGAGAAGGCCUUGUCCUUGGAAUCCCACAGUGAGAAGAAGGCACUGGCCCUGGCUCUGCAUCGGCGGAAGUCCCUCUGCUCGGCCCCCAUCAGCAUCACCAAGAACCUUCGGGUCUGUAACGACUGUCAUGGUGCGAUGAUGGUGGCCUCCAGGGCCUACAGCUGUGAGAUCCAUCUUCGAGAUCGAUCGCGCUGGCACAUCUUCAAAGACGGCGGCUGCAGCUGCGGUGGUCACUGGUAG